UGUCGUGCCCAACCCAGGGUGGGACUAGCCCCCAGUGCAGCCCCGGACUCUGCCAACAUCAACUGCGAGCCAGAGACUCCAGGCUGCAGAAUGACAUCCAGGUUUCGCUCCAGCUCAUCCCAUCCUCCCAUGGGACAGGGAAGAGAAAUGGCUGAAAUGGAGCCGGUUCAGGGGCCGGUGACCUUCGAGGAGGUGGCUGUGUAUUUCACCAAGGAAGAGGGGGCUCUGCUGGACCCCGCUCAGAGAGCCCUCUACAGAGACGUCAUGCAGGAGAACUAUGAGAAUGUGACAUUGCUGGGGUUUCCAGUGUCCAAACCCGAUGUGGUCUCCCAGCUGGAACAAGGGGAGGAGCCGUGGGUCCUGGAUCUCCAGGGCUCUGUGGAAAGAGGGAUCCUGAGAGGUGUCUGCAUAGGUGCUGGGAUGGUGAGUGAGAACGAGGAGCAGAAUCCUCAGCAGGAAGAUGGUGAGCAAGUGGAACCACAUGGGGGAUUAUCACAAAGAUCCAAAAGGAAUGUGUCCAGGCAUCGUGUGCAGGGAAAAGCCUGUGAGAGGGAGCACAGGCCAGAGAGAGAGCAGAGAAACCAGCCCAGAGAGAAAGAGGGUAAAUCCAAUUAUUGUCAAGGAACUCACAAGGACCUCAAGCAAAUCAAAGCCCAGCAGAUAAAACCUACAGGAGAGAGAAAAAACACAUGCACCGAGUGUGGGAAAACCUUCACUCUGAACUCCACCCUCAUUAGACAUCAGAUGAUCCACAUGGGAAAGAACCUCUACAAAUGCUGUGAGUGUGGGAAACAGUUCAGUGAGAAAUCAAACCUUAUUAAACAUCAGACAAGUCAUACAAGAGAAAGAUCCUAUCAGUGUUAUGAGUGCAGGAAAAGCUUCACUCAGUGCUCAUCCCUUAUUAGACAUCAGAGGAUCCAUAUGGGAGAGAGACCCUACGAAUGCUGUGAAUGCGGGAAAAGCUUCACUGUCAAAUCAGAUCUUAAUAAACAUCAGAGGAUCCACACAGGCGAGCGCCCAUAUGAAUGCUGUGAGUGUGGGAAAAAGUUCACUUGGAGCUCAGCGCUUAUUAAUCAUCAGAGGAUCCACACAGGAGAGCGACCUUAUGAAUGCUGUGAGUGCGGGAAAACGUUCCUUCAGAGCUCAGGCCUUCUUAAUCAUCAGAGGAUCCACACAGGAGAGCGCCAGUAUGAAUGCUGUGAGUGCGGGAAACAGUUCAGUAAGAUUUCAAAACUUAUUAAACAUCAGACAAGCCAUACAAGAGUGACACCCUAUGAAUGCUGUGAAUGCAGGAAAAGCUUCACUAAGCGCUCAACCCUUAUUAGACAUCAGAGGAUCCAUAUGGGGGAGAGACCAUAUGAAUGCUGUGAGUGUGGGAAAAGCUUCACUGCCAGAUCAGAUCUUAAUAAACAUCAGAGGAUCCACACAGGCGAGCGCCCCUAUGAAUGCUGUGAGUGCGGGAAAAAGUUCACUUGGAGCUCAGCGCUUAUUAAUCAUCAGAGGAUCCACACAGGAGAGCGACCUUAUGAAUGCUGUGAGUGCGGGAAAACGUUCCUUCAGAGCUCAGGCCUUAUUAAUCAUCAGAGGAUCCACACAGAAGAGCGCCUGUAUGAAUGCUGUGAGUGCGGGAAACAGUUCAGUAAGAUUUCAAAACUUAUUAAACAUCAGACAAGCCAUACAAGAGUGACACCCUAUGAAUGCUGUGAAUGCAGGAAAAGCUUCACUCGGAGCUCAUCCCUUAUUAGGCAUCAGAGGAUCCACACAGGAGAGAGACCAUAUGAAUGCUGUGAGUGUGGGAAACGCUUCACUGUCAAAUCAGACCUUAGUAAACAUCAAAGGAUCCACACGGGAGAGCGCCCGUAUGAAUGCUGUGAGUGCGGGAAACGGUUCACUUGGAGCUCAGUGCUUAUUAAUCAUCAGAAAAUCCACACAGGAGAGCGACCCUAUGAAUGCUGUGAGUGCGGGAAAAGUUUCAUCCGAAGCUCACACCUUAAUAGACAUCAGAGUCUUCACAAGGGAGAUACACAGCAUAAAAACUUUGUGUAGGGCAGAAAAAAUACAUUUUUAAAAAGACAUUUGCUAAUUCUUACAUAGUGAUCUUUUAGGGCUGUUUGCACCAUUUGCAUCACCGUGUUCUCUCAGCUUCCUCAGGUGAGUUGCCCGCUUUUCCUUUUGCAGGUCACUCUUCUCAGGGGUGAAUCCCAUGGUCCUUUCUACUAAUUCUUUUCUCCUGUGAGUCAUGGGAGUGUGUCCCUCCUGCCAGGAAUGUCCAUCAGCCCUUGCUGGGGGAAAUAGGGGUGACCUCAAGUAGCUACACUGAGCAAAAAUCGACCUUGGCUUUGUCUCCUCUAGGAUUUUCCAUGGAGUUGGCCUGCUCGAGGUAGCUAUCCUCAUGUAAACACACAGAUAGCUUUGCAAUGUUGACAUAGCCCAGGUACAAUGGUUGGGGUUAGCUAGCACCUUCCCCUUUGACCUGUCCUAAUCGACACCAAUAUUCAUAGUCUAAACAAGCCCUGAGGCUCACAUUCAAACUGUCACCCUACUACCAGAGCAACUGUUAAUCACCAAGUUCCCCCUUUGGCAACAGAUUGUCUCAUUCCCAGUUGUUCUCACACUGGUCCAGGUUGUGCUGGACAGCAGGUUGUUUGUUUGUUCACUAUUUUUCGUAUUUAAAAUAUAUUUAAAUAUAACGAAGAGGAGGCACAGCAGUGGGACAAAUGUAUUGUUUCGGCCUUUGUGACAAAGGAAGGAAAUGGGCUGAGUCAGAUGGAUUCCCUCCUUCUCCAUGACCAUCACUAUGCCUGUUCCCUCCAACAGCGCUGGUGUCUGUGUGAGCCACAAUGGAGUUUAUCCUCCCUUUAUUCUACCCCCCACCUCCCAAAGAGUCUCUGCAAUUUGAUCCUAAAUCCGACUCCUUAGGGCUAGCGAUGCAAGUGUCACAGACCUGGAUGGGGAAUUCCAGUGGAUCCGAAACACAGAGUGAUCAUUCUGUGCUUUUAUCCCUGUUUCCAUCUAUUGGCAAAGCCACUUCUGGACAUUUUCCUGCUGAUCUGGGAUUGUCAGCAGAUGAGAAGGGUGGCAGUUUUCCUCCAUUACGAUGUUGCUAAUUAUUUUUCUAAAUAACACGACUCCAUAAUAAUGAAGUGCUGUUGAAUGAAGCAGGUUUGAAUGGAUCAGAGGAGAAAAUGAUGGGGGAAUCUGCUCUCCUGAUUAUUUUUGAAUAAUCAGAGGUAAUCCGCUCUGGAAUUUCACUUUGUAUGAAAGAGAAAGUGACUUAUACUGCUCUGUGUUGUGGAUUGUUCUCUCUCUUCUGAAGGCCAUUUCGUCACAUUAUUGAAUAUUAGUUCUCUGGGAUGUGGCUCGGAUUUAUCAAGGACUUUGGGACAAAUGACUGUUUGCUAAAAGAGUCCUUCCUUAUUUUAGUUGUGUCUUUCCCCCACUGCUGCAUGAUGACAUGAAAAAAACUCAAGUGCAAUUCACUCAUCAGGAGAAGAUGCUCCAAACCGUUGGGCAUACUGCCAAGGCAACAGUAGUGGGUUUAGGGCUCCACUCUGAAAUGGUGAACAACAGCACACCCCAAAUUGUGCAACUAACUGAAGUCACUGGGUGCGUGUGUCCUAUGAUUUGGGAAACGCGGUCUCUGUCUGUGUUGAUUUGGAAAAAAUAGAAGUUCAUUUCUGGUGAACUUGCCCAUGAGAGAUGCUGCAAAUGUGCACUACAGUGAACUCCGUGUUGAAUGUGAUAUAGUUGCAGAAUAUCUAUUUUUAAUAUACUCUGCUCCUUUGGUGACUUACAGGGAUUCUGAUGCAGGAGUGUUUCUAGUCCCUAACUUGGACCUGUGCCACCAGUUCAAAUAAACAAAUUGGGUGUGUUUGGGGAAGCCAUUCCUCACUAACACUGCUCACGUUUUGGGUGGUUUUGUAAAGGAUUCAAUUCCAGAGAAGGGUAAAUGUACCCUGACCAUGGCCAAGGAUUUGGCAAGAACUCAGUUUGAUAUAGAAGGUACCCAGUAGUCGAUUUUUGCCCCAAAGAAGGAAGCUGUGGUGAACUACAGUCCAGGUAAAACUGUUUGUUUUUUAACACUGCUCCCUAGUUCAGUGUCUCAGAUUACACUCCCAAGGGUUGCCAUGGCUUAAUUGGAAGGUCCUUCACUAUUUGGAUCCAAAGUUCCAUGAGGCAAAGUGAGAAAUAGUUGAUGCCUUCAGAGGACAUUCCUUCGCCAGCCUGAUUGGGCAACAAGGCGUUUCAUGCUGUUGAAAUGGUGGUAACUGAUGAGGGAAUGCAUAUGCCAGGUUCCAAUUUCAGACUGCUGGACAUACAGACGUUGAGUCCUGAUUUUAGGCUUUUGUCUCGUAGUUUUGCUCUUGUGUCUUAUGCAGUUGUGCCACUUUGCCUCAACUUUCUGCUUCUUUGAAAGAGUGGAAGGUGUGAAUAUAGAGUUGAGGUCCUUUUUCUCAGGAUGCAAACCUUCCCACAUAGCAUGAGACCCCUUCCACUAACACUUAUGUCCAAAGCCCCAGAGAUAAAUGAACUCACAGAUGUGGAAAGCUCCUAUGCUGGUGUAGAUCACAUUUACACAGUGCUCACUUGGUGGAAAUGGGGAUUAAAAGGAAACUAACACGUAUGAUAAAAUUUUAUAAUCUUUGAAUAUGUUCUUGUAACCAGUGAAAAUGAAAUUACCGAUGAAGUUAAUUUCAGGUUUAAAGCCUAAUUUAGUGAUAACCUGAAUUAUAUUGGAACACUGUGACUUGCAUCGGUUUGCUUUUUGCAAGUAAUAUACAAAGUGGUGGCUAACCCUAAAAAGUUUAUUUGAUGUAAAAUACCCCUGUGGACUAAGGCAUUCUGCAGUACAUCAUCACUCCAAGGUUGAGGUGGUGGAAUGGGUGAGAAAACUAGUGUAUAGGAGAGCACAGAACCAGACUUCGGUUGUUUCUAUUUCAAAUGGAAUAUGUUUUUGACAACCUUUAAAGUAAAAUUAUGUAAGGAGACAAGUUGUGAAACCUUUUACCAAAUUAGACUGUACGGGUCACUCAGUUCCCCUCUUCUCUGCAAAGCAAAGAUGUAUAAUGUCUGUCAUGAGAUGUCCCUGGUUCUUUUUAGGAAUGGCAAUGGAUGCAUGAUGCAAUAGGUUUUUUCUGUUGUUUUUGCCACCUGUUAUUUUUCUGGGAGCUGAGACCCCUUUUCCUCUUUUGAGGAAGCCAGCUGUUAUGGCUCAGCCUUUUAACCCCCAAGCCAAGCUAUGGAAACUCCUCCAAACUGUCCUUGGUAUUUUCAUUUUUGAGAUCUUUGGGGUGCAAAUCUCCACAUUGUACGUGGUUCACAACAACCGAUCUUUUAAGAAAACUGCUGGGUUAAGUGGGACUCUUCCAAACUGACGAUAGCCCACGUUCUGCCUCACUUGAAAUGGUUCCGGCCACGUUGUCUGUAACCAAGGCGUCCUGCACUCCUCAUUUGCCCGGAGACUUCAGGGGAGUGACUGUAAUGUGGGGUGAGCUGGAAUCAACCAAAAAGACCAAAGUAAAGGUGGAAGCCCUUUUGUACCAGCAACCUAAGAAAGAUGGACAUGCCGGGACCCUGGAACUGAUCCCUUCUGGGGAAAGAAGUCUUAACAUCAACAACAGGCUGUGCCAGCCUUGACCUGUCUUCUCCUACCUGAGAAAGCUUGCGAAUGUGGAGUACUGAGCCUGUGACCCCAUCUCCUGAGUCCUCUAACUCCCACUCUGUGAGUCCAGAGUUAGUCAAUUGUCCAUUUCAGUGUCUUGUUAUUUUUUCUAUAUUUCCAUACUUGUUUUUAUUAACUGGGAGACGCCCCAGCCUUUCUAUUCUACUUUGAUUUUUGAGUGGGUCUCAGCGUGUGCAUGUGGGUAUGAAACCUGCCACAUCCACGCAGGGGAAGAGCUACAAAUAAUAAUUCCCUAAUCUAAAUAAGCCAAAAAUGCUGCCCUACAAAAUGAUUGAACGUGCUCCUUGUUCUGUGAAAGUGUUCUAAGAACCUAAGCUGUCGGAUAGAUACUGUUAAAUACCUGUGUAUUAAGGUCUGAAUCUGUAUCUGUACUAAGGUUUUCAUCUGUGGAAGCCACUGGGAGAAGGUUAGCCACAUACUGGUGAAAUCUAAGGCAGAAGCCCUGAAGUUGUGGCUUAAAUAAACUGGUGUUAGUAUUGAAAUAUUGCAUCGGCUCAGGGUGGAUCACAUUGCCUGGGUGAAGUUCUCUAAUUGGGAUUAAUAACUAAAUGAGCAACUGCCUCCUUGGGUUCCUGCUUUAGGAUUUAUAAGGGUUGAUUUUUUGUUGUAUAAUUCUGAUGAUUUGGCUGAACUGAUGACUUGAUUCCAAAGCAGGAUACUUGUUAACUGAUGGAUUUCCUGAUCUGAGCUGAACGUGAUCACGGUAUUGUAUACCCUAGAGCUAGCUGAGUAGUGUUCAUAAUACUUUAGGUUUAGGAGGUGUGUUCUUCAUUUUAUGUGUGCAUUUUAAUGAAAUGUGUAAAAGGGA